AUGCAAUUGCCUACCAUUCUCUCGGUGAUUCUUUCCAUGGCUCUUGUCGGUCAGGCAGCUGCCCAGAAGUCCUACUGCAGAGCCUUUGCCAACAAUAACCUCUCAAACGCUGCGUGCAGAGGCAUCGAGGGAGUUUGCGCGACGGCUUGUCCGCGUGAGUGCGGAGCUGGUUUUGUGCUUCAGAGUGUGAACGAGGCUGAAGGCAAGUGUGGCUGUUUCUGCAAGAAAUAG